CCUAUCACUGGGUUUUCAGAAUCUCGAAUGCAGUGCCAGCACCGCAUCGCCUCCUAAACGACCCGACCUCUCGAGAGAUAGAGAGAGGGGUUUUCUUUCUUUGAUUCUUUCCCUCCAUCAUGGCACUUUUUCCAAGCGUUUUAUUGCUACAGAUUUUACGACUCAGUACUUGUCAUGCAAGUGACCAACCAGUUUUUGAUACUUGCCAAACCUAAGCUCACAUGAGACAGCCCCACACCGAAGUGGACACCGACGCACUAAUACCUCUUUGCAUAUAUAUGUGUACAAACUCAUAAACGUCUCAUCCAUAUCCAUUCUAUGUUGAAAAUCUUCAGAUAAACGAUCCCUUUUGCUCUCUCUCGUUCUCUCUCUCUUUCUGCCCUUUUUCUCUCUAAUUUUCUGCAAUUGUCUAGUUAAAAUUCAUUCCUCUACAGCUUACAGCCAUGGUCUCCCACCUAGUCAACACUAUCCGAAAUGUAGUUGGGAUCACAGGGAACGUCAUCUCACUCUUCCUGUUCUUGUCUCCAGUGCCAACUUUUGUUCGAAUUUGGAAGAAAGGGUCAGUGGAGCAGUUCUCGCCAACUCCAUACCUAGCAACCUUAAUCAAUUGCAUGGUUUGGGUCAUUUACGGACUCCCGAUGGUGCACCCCAACAGCACCCUGGUUGUGACCAUCAAUGGCACAGGGACCGCCAUUGAGUUCAUGUAUAUAUCCCUCUUUUUGAUCUUCUGUCCUGACAAGAAGAAGGGACUCAAAGUGCUGCUAAUUGUGCUUGUCGAGCUAAUUUUCAUUGCCCUUGUCACCGCCCUGGUUCUAACCCUAGUUCACACCACUGAACGCCGCUCCAUGGUCGUUGGAAUCAUAGCAGUCUUGUUCAACAUCACGAUGUAUGCUUCGCCUUUAUCGGUCAUGAGACUGGUGAUCUCGACGAAAAGUGUGGAGUAUAUGCCAUUUUUCCUCUCCCUGGCUUCCCUUGGCAAUGGUGUUAUCUGGACUACUUACGCUUUCCUUCCUCUUGACCCUUUCAUUGCUGUUCCAAAUGGACUGGGCACGUUGUUUAGUUUAGCCCAGCUUUUGUUGUACGCCAUAUAUUACAAAUCCACCAAGAGAAUCAUAGCAGCAAGGAAAGAGACCAAGAUGGAGCUUAACCUGUCCGAGGUGGUCGUCGUCAGUGGAGAUAUCGAUCCCAAAAAGGCCGGCAGGGCCCCUUAGAGACCCAUCUCCUAUAUAAACAUACCCCAACAAUAUCAACAUAUAUAUAUAUAUAUAUAUAUAUAUAUAUAUAAAGAGAGAGGGUUUGUUUUUGUCGUGAACAUCGCCAUAGACAUGGUGCUAUCAGUCAUGUUAAGUUUCUUAAAAAUCAUUGUGUAGCCCAACUCGUAUAACCCAAGGGGGUUUUUCUCCAAUCCAAGUAAUAAGAGGUUGCUUCAGAGUUCAAACUAA